AUGAAUAAUCUACUGGACUACGUCUUGUCCCCGUUCGACGAUGAUUCGCAGUACGGCUCGCAGUACUCGCCGCGGUCGGCAUCCGAGGUGGACUUUCUCUUUGCCGUCCCCAAGUCUCUUCGGCCACGAUUGAUGCGGAUCCAUAACUGGAGCGAAGAUUUUACCAAUCGCGCCAUGAAGGGAUAUCUCCAAUUCAUGAAGGUUAAAUUGCAACAAGAGGACUGGGAUGCCAAACUGCUGAGUCCAUCCUUGAUUGUCCAUGAAGUCUGGGUGCAGCAUUUGCUCUAUCCCAAGCAAUAUCGCAGUGCUUGUAAGCGAUACACCAAAGGAAAUAUCAUUGACCAUGAUCCAGAGGUGAACUAUUACACCUACAAUCGUGUUCACAACACGCGUUUGUCCUUGAAGGCGUUGUUUGGAAAGAACGAUAUCGAUCCGAAAAUCUGGUCCUUUGGGCCCGAACUGGAUAAAGGGUUUGACUACGGACCAGCAGACGAUAGAAGCCGAAGCGGAGGCAGUGUCAUGGGCGAUUUUUUUGGAGACAUUCAAAAAGAACUGGACCUCCCAUCCUUUGAUGAAUUACCCGAUGUGAUGCAGGACAUUCCCGAACUCCUUGGCAUGACGUCGCCCAAGAAGAAACCGUUUGCGGCCUUGCCCAUGUCCGGGAAGCACAAGUGGCGUGAUUCGAUGCCAAGCCGUGCAACAACACCUUACUGCGGUGAAUCUCUCAGCAAUCUUUGCAGAAGGUUCAACCUUCCCUUCUGCUUGAACGCGCCCUGGGCUGGAUGA